UAUCCCAAUCUCCUCUCUUACCCCAUAAUGAAGACCUUGAUCUCUCUCACACUACUCACCGUCCUUGUAGCCUUCCUUUCACCAUCAAACCAACACAAUGUUUCAGCUCAAGCAACUUCUUUGAUAACCACAACAUGCCAGAAGACACCCUUUUAUCAACUCUGUAUCUCAACUCUAACCGCAGACCCCAGAAGCAGAAGCUCAAAUCUCACAACUCUAGGCCUCAUUGUAGUUGAUGCUACCAAGGUCAAAUCAACUUCUACUUUAACCCAAAUCAACAAGCUUAUAAACUCCACUCCACAGCUGAGAGGUCCAUUGAAAAAUUGUGUUGAUUUGUACAAUGGUAUUUUGGGUGUCAUCCCAACUGCUGUUGAGGCCUUGACUAAAGGUGAUCCAAAGUUUGCCGAAUCAAGUAUGGUUGAUGCUGCAAAUGAGGCUGAAUCCUGUGAAAAGAGUUUCGGCCAAUCUAAAUCACCUCUGAGUGAUAUGAACAAAGUGGUUCAUGACCUUUCUGUGGUGGCCACAGCAAUAAUAAGAAUGUUGUUGUAAGAAGAAUACAUUCUCUCUUUCUAUUAAAGUCAUAAAUGUAAUGGUCUCUUCUUCUCUUUAAUAAACAGAUCAUGUGAAUUUUCAGUUUCAAUUGCCUCAAAUAUUUUUCUUACCAAUGAAGAGUUUAGGAAGGAGAUGAUGUCGGGCUUUUAUCGCUCAAAAAUG